AUAUUAUUGAAACUUUGGCAAAAUUUGUUGCAGGCUAUAUCUCUACAAGAUCAUACACAAUCAAGUUUUAUGUUUUAAGAGAGUAUUUUGAGAAUAUUAAUUUUUAAAAAAUACUAUAACCACAUCAUUUUUUUCAGGCUGUGGUUUUACUUUCUCAGCCAAGUCAAGUCUCUACGUUCAUAUGAAGAAGCACAGGACUAAUGGCGAGAGUAAAGAUAGUAAACCAGCUAACAAUACGAGGCAGUCAGAUAACAACGUUGGAAACUCUAAUAACACAAUAAAUUUAUUGGUUAUGAAUCCUUUGGAAUUAUGGCCUGGAUCGGGAACAGAGUUAUAUACUAUAGAAGGAGCUGAUAUUGAUGGCGUUGAGACUCAAGUGAAAUUUCAAAGCUGCGAACCGGAGGACAUUUCUCGGUUGGAGUUGUCGGGAGAGAGUGAUGAUCAAAAUAUAGCAUUCAUUGUUUCUGCUGAAGACGCUGAUAACUUGAACUCCACUGACAUUCUACAGGCUACCAAACAUGAAACACUGACUAAUAACAGCAGUGAAGAGUCCAGUUGUGCCAGGACUUAUCUUAAAUGUCAAGAUUUAUCUUUGAAGAGGUACCGUGUCAAAAAGAAAACGAAGAAAGAGCAGUCAGCUACUGAAAAUCAACCAGCAAUUUCUAAUAGCACAUUGUUGAAUGUGAUGACGCCAGAAUUUUCUGAUGUUCAAGUGGUUUCCGACAUUGUACUCACUACCAGUCUUCUGGGAGGAAGUCAAGAUAAUUUGAUGGGUCUACAAAUGCUGCAGGAUGAGCCUACGAGCAGCAGUACCGGUACAGAUUGGUUUGCAAAUGCAUCAGAUGAUACUUCCAUUGUGUUACCAAGCGGUUCAGGGGAAUAUCAACAAGUAUUCCUUUUAGAAUCUCCUUUGGCUAUUCACUCGUCUGAAUUUGAACCUUCUACAAUCAACUUGAAAGAUCUCGAAUAAUAAUUGGUUUAUCAAAGAAGCAGUUAGAUCAAACAAUGUAGGGAAGCUGGACUUAUCAAUUUCUAUUUUCGAUACAGUAUUAUAAUUUUAAAAUUCAAUCAAACGACGGGUAGGUGGUGUAGCUGGGAAAUUAAUCCAUCAAGGUUAUAUUAUUCUACCUCAAGAAUUGUAACCUAUGUGUUGGAAUAAGUUGAUAAUAUUGGAGAAUUUGAAGAAUCAGAGGUAUCAAUGUUAUCACCAAUUAUUAUUGUAUUUGUAACCUUUUCUUAUAUUUUCUCGUAUCCUUACACACAAUAAGCUUCGGUAGACGUGUGAGGUUCUUUGAACCUUUGGAUUCGUCCCUUCAAAAACCUUUUCUUAUCCUGUCUCAGAACUUUACUUUUACACGAGCAUGUUUUCAGUAAUAUAUUAAAUUUAUAUUGAGUAACAAUGAAGGAAUACUAAGACAGUUUAAAAGUUAAUCUCCAGGUAGAUUGGUACUACAGUACAAAUAAUAUUCUAAACUAAAUAACAUAGAAAAAUGAAGAUUUUUUGUAUCUAUUGUCUCAUUGAAAGCUUGAGCUUAAACAGUAAAAACCAAGUAGGACCAACACGUCAUUAAAGAUAAUGUUGACAAAUACUUGAAAAUUAUUAAAUUUGCCGCUCCAAUCAUAUUGAUUAAUGCAUGAUUUACAACACUCAGCUACCUUCUCUAGUACACUCCACCCUUGCCACUGCUUCGCCGGUUAUUAGUCCAGUCAAUAUAGGCAUAAAAAAGGGGGUUUGCUUCCAAUAUAUUCUAGUUCCGAUUUUUCUAUAUAUUAUUUGGAUACAUGAGAGAAGUCCAGAACCAAUUUCUUCAUGCAAAAUUUCCUUGUGCUAGAUAUGGGGUGGCUCAAAAACCUCGUAUUUUCGGUUCAUUUUCCAGGUUUCAGCUAUUUCGGCCAAAUCCAUUGAUCGGACAGAAAAUUUUUCUUUCACCUUUUUUUAGAUUAAAACAUUCUGAAUGGAAUG